UAAGGCGAUGCCGCUUCCGCCCGGCUCCGAGAUGGCGGCGCCCUUUGUCUGUUCCGUGUCACUCUGAGUGUCGCCGCUGCUCGUCGGGAUUAUGUGACGCGCGCGGGAUGGCAGCCAUGCACUUCCCUCAGCACAGCAAGCGGGUCCUGGAGCAGCUGAACCAGCAGCGGCAGCUGGGCCUCCUCUGCGACUGCACCUUCGUGGUGGACGGCAUCGACUUCAAGGCCCACAAGGCGGUGCUGGCCGCCUGCAGCCAGUACUUCCGCAUGCUCUUCGUGGACCAGAAGGACGUGGUGCACCUGGACAUCAGCAACGCCGCAGGGCUGGAGCAGGUGCUGGAGUUCAUGUACACAGCCAAGCUGAGCCUGAGCGUGGAGAACGUGGACGACGUCUUGGCCGUGGCCAGCUUCCUCCAGAUGCAGGAGAUCAUCAGUGCCUGCAACACGCUGAGGGCGCUUUCGGAGCCUCUCUCAGAAGCCAGCCCAAGUCCGGAAGGCCCCUCGGCGGCUGGGCCGGAGAAAGCCGCUGGCGGGACUGCUGCAGGGGGGGGUGCCCCCCAGGAGGCAAAGGAGGUCCUUCCAGCUCCGCCUGGAGGGCUCGAGAAGGCUGAGGAUCUUGCCCAGGAGGUGAAGGAGAGCGAGGGGCCUGAGGGGCAGGCUGGCCCCAGAGCUACAGAAGGCUCUGGCUGCUUGGGUGCUCCUGUGGGUUCCCCGUGUCCAGACAGUCCAUCCCUUGCACAAAGUGGCUCGGCACCAAAGCCGCCCUCCUCUGGGGCCAUCGAGGCUGACCCCCCUGCCCUGAAGCUUCCUGCGGAGCUGGAGGUGGAGCUGGAGGAGCCCCUCUCGGAGGCAGAAGCCGUCUCUCGGACCCCGGAGCUGAAACGGGCCAAGCUGGCCAAUGGCAGCGCCCCCGAGGAGGAUGAGAACGAUUCUGGAGGCACUGACUCUGGGCAAGAGAACGGCACCAGUGAGCUGAGGCUGCUGCGCUCAGGGACAUACAGCGAGCGGACAGAGUCCAAAGCCUACGGGUCGGUCACGCACAAAUGUGAGGACUGCGGGAAGGAGUUCACGCACACGGGCAACUUCAAGCGGCACAUCCGCAUCCACACAGGGGAGAAGCCCUUCUCCUGCCGAGAGUGCGCCAAGGCCUUCUCGGACCCAGCAGCCUGCAAAGCCCACGAAAAGACGCACAGCCCCCUGAAGCCCUACAGCUGCGAGGAGUGCGGCAAGAGCUACCGGCUGAUCAGCCUCCUGAACCUGCACAAGAAGCGCCACACGGGGGAGGCCAAGUACCGCUGCGAGGACUGCGGCAAGCUCUUCACCACCUCUGGCAACCUGAAGCGCCACCAGCUCGUGCACAGCGGGGAGAAGCCCUACCAGUGCGACUACUGCGGGCGCUCCUUCUCCGACCCCACCUCCAAGAUGCGCCACCUGGAGACCCACGACACGGACAAGGAGCACAAGUGCCCCCACUGCGAGAAGAAGUUCAACCAGGUGGGGAACCUCAAGGCCCACCUGAAGAUCCACAUCGCGGACGGGCCGCUGAAGUGCCGGGAGUGUGGGAAGCAGUUCACCACCUCAGGCAACCUGAAGCGCCACCUGCGCAUCCACAGCGGAGAGAAGCCCUACGUCUGCGUGCAUUGCCAGCGCCAGUUUGCUGACCCGGGGGCUCUGCAGCGCCACGUCCGCAUCCACACGGGUGAGAAGCCGUGCCAGUGUCUGAUCUGCGGCAAGGCCUUCACCCAGGCCAGCUCGCUCAUUGCUCACGUGCGCCAACACACCGGGGAGAAGCCCUACGUCUGUGAGCGCUGCGGCAAGAGGUUUGUCCAGUCCAGCCAGCUUGCCAACCACAUUCGCCACCACGACAACAUCCGGCCGCACAAGUGUGGGGUCUGCAGCAAGGCCUUUGUCAACGUGGGGGACCUUUCCAAACACAUCAUCAUCCACACAGGGGAGAAGCCGUUCCUCUGCGACAAAUGUGGCCGCGGGUUCAACCGUGUGGAUAACCUUCGCUCCCACGUGAAGACGGUCCACCAGGGCAAAGCAGGCCUGAAGCUGCUGGAAGACGGCGGUGGGGAAGAGGACGAGCUCAACAUUGUGACCGUGGCCUCCGAUGAGAUGGUGACCCUGGCCACAGAAGCCCUGGCGGCCACGGCUGUCACUCAGCUCACAGUGGUCCCCGUGGCAGCUCCGGUCACAGCAGAUGAGACAGAAGCGCUGAAGGCCGAGAUCACCAAGGCAGUGAAGCAGGUGCAAGAAGCGGAUCCCAACACCCAGAUUCUCUACGCCUGUGACUCGUGCGGGGAGAAGUUCUUAGACGCCAACAGCUUGGCUCAGCAUGUGCGCAUCCACACGGCACAAGCCUUGGUCAUGUUCCAAGCAGACACAGACUUUUACCAGCAGUAUGGCGCUCCCACGACGUGGCAGUCCGAGCAGGUCCUCCCCUCUGGCGAGCUCCUCUUCCGGACACGAGACGGGCCUGAGGCCCCACCCUCCGUCACAGAGGCCCCACAGCCCGCAGGGACUGCUGAUUCUGCAGAGUGAAACGGCAGCCGGGGGGAGGGGGGCGCACACGCUGUUGGACUCUGUCACCUGUCUUGGCACAGCAGCACUGGCAGGGGCGAGGAAAGCUACAUCCUACUACUGUAAACAAAGUUAUUUCUGUAUGAGAGAGAAUCUACAUCUGUGUUAAUAUUUAGAUGAAAUAAAUGCCCUUAUUUUCUAA